AAUCUUGGGAUUGGACAGAGCGCAAUUGCGCAAUGCUUUACAAGCACUUGCGUUCGCGAAUGUAGUUUGAAAAUAAUCAAAAAGCAUUGUGGAAAGCAUCAAGAUAAAUGCUAAACUUUAACGUAUCGCAUCGUUUCUAACCUUUGCAACCUCUGUAGAUCAUUCGUUAACAUCUGAAAAUGAAUAAAUAUUUGGAACUUGCAAAAGUAGGCACUAGUUAUGCCAACCAUAUGAAUCGUUUGAGUAAUCGCGUGUUCGGCGAGGUAACGAGGAAUACCAAUAGCAAGUCCAUGAAAGUCGUUAAAUUGUUUAGUGAAAAGCCGGUAAAUAGGCGAGCCGAUAUCGUUAGAUAUUAUCCACGGCACAUCGAGACCGAUUUAUUGAUGAAACAUCUCAGAAAUUAUGGAUUGUUCAGAGACGAGCAUCUAGACUUCAAGGAGGAAUACGAGCGUUUAAGAGAACUUCGCGGAAAAAAGAAGUGGAUUCCUCCCCCGUUUAGAAAUAAGAAACAGGAGAAAAAAUCUCAAGCGUCUAAAUAAAUGUACGUCAAAAAAA